AAAAAGCCUAAACAAUACAUUUAUGCCGUAAUAAAAAGUUCCAGGUACCAGCUUUUGCAGAAAAUCUAAAAAAUUUGAAUUAAAAAAAAGCAAAGGGUUAUUUGAUCAUGGAGGACGAACCGAAAAAGGGCCUAAGUUUAUUUGGACGUGAUGUAUCGGAAAUACCUUGCUUUCGAAAUAGUUUUCUUUAUGGAAUAGGUGGCGGUAUCGGUGCGGGUUUAAUUACAUUUUUAGGUACUUCACGAACUACAUUCUCUACGCACGUAGGAUUUGGUACUUUCUUCGUCGGCACAUUAGUUUAUUGGUCCUGGUGCAGGUAUCAAUGGUCAGUACAUCGUUUUGAAUACGCCAAAUUACAAGAAGGUCUUCGGAACAAAGCGUUAUAUGAGGGCACCGAUGUGGAAAGGGAAUUAGAAUUGAAAUCCGCGUAACUUUUAUUCUUAUACCCGAUUACGAUUAUUGUUCCUCUACAAAAUACAAAGAGUUUCUUUAGGCAGGAGAAGUAUUUUAAAGCUCAAGAUAUAAAGAGCAAACGAUUGUUUUCACUAACAUUUCUUGUUGAUAAUUUUUAAAAUUAACGUGAUAUUAAAUAAGUUUAAGAAAGGUAAAGUAACUCAACAUAUGGAAAAUAUAUGAAAAAAAUAAAAAUGUAUAUAUAAAUUAUAUAUAUGUAUAUAUAUAUGUAU